AUGCGCAUCUGUCUGCUUGUCAUUCAAAUUUUGAAUUAUUUAUCUAUCACCUGUUCAUAUCUCUCACAUUCUAUUAAUAUCUAUCUAUCUAUCUAUCUAUCUAUCUAUCUAUCUAUCUAUCUAUCUAUCUCAGUUCAUAUCUCUCACAUUCUGUUAAUAUCUAUCUAUAUUUUCUAUUUAUUUAUUAUUUUUAUUUAUAUAUUCUUCCUUCAGAUUUUGAAUUAUCUAUCUAUCCCUGUUCACAUCUCUCACAUUCUAUUAAUAUCUAUCUAUCUAUCUAUCUAUCUAUCUAUCUAUCUGUUCAUAUCUCUCACAUUCUGUUCAUAUCUAUCUAUCUAUACUUUCUAUAAUAUUUCAAUAAAUGAAUUCUUUUGUUUCCUGUUCAUAUAUGACUACCGACAUAAUAAACCCGCCCUUCUCCACAAUCCAUCUCUUUUCCUUUUGCUUGUUCCAUUUUAUUCGCUCGCUUUGUUUUGUUAUCUCCCUCUCUCAUCAGCCUAUAACAAGAUCGACAUUCUCACUAUAUCUCCCUUUGUCCUCUCACCAUCUCUCUUCUUUUCUGUCAUGCGCACCGGGAGUCGUUCACACACUGACAUCCGCUCAAACAAAUAUUCACGUUCUGAGGUUUUGAUUUUUUUUUUUCCAUUCUUUUGUUUUCAAUUUUCGAAUAAUUCUAUUGAAUUUGUUUUUUUUCUUUUCAAAUAUAUGCACUCCAUUUUUUUUUCUUUCUUUUGUGUUCGCAAAUGUUUUAUUCUCGCGUUCUAUUUUCUUAUUUCUUGA